AUGUGCGAGGCGUCAAUUUCGAAAAUUUCGAUUGGCGAUGGAUGGGGUUUCAUCAAGUAUCGAUUUAAAAUCAAAAAAUGGAAGCACAAAGAAACGAAACAAGAGAUAUCGACGACAUUGUCGACGGACGUGUUCAAAGGCGCAAUGUCGAAAAAGGAAGCGGCGGCGAUGGUGACGCCGGGCAAUUUCAUCACGUUCUAUCCGCUUCCGGAGAAUGACAAACCGAUUCCAGCGAAAAUUCGGCUCACGAUUGCGCAGAAAAUACAUUCCGAUGAGGUCGGCUUCGUCGAACUUCGGUAUUCGGACGCCGGAUGGCAAUUGGAGGGCAACGGCGAUGCCGAGAAUCGACCAUCAUGGGAUACGCUGAAGCAGUUGCUGGAUUAUUUUUCCACCUAUUCAUAUUGCGAAUUCAACAAUGGAAGUGAGGCAUCGGGCUCGAGCCAUAGCAAUAUUUCGGAUCAGCAAGCCAAGAAGGAGGAUAGCACCGUGUUCGAAAAAAUCGACGAUUUGCCGUAA